AUGCCAGUCGAAGUCCGCCAUUCCCCGCCUCCCUUGCACCAGCCAGGCUCUGGUAACAUCCGACCCAAAGGAAUAUUGAAGAAUCCAUCCUUUUCCUCUUCCAGCGGCCAUCCAGGCUCGCCGUCCAAAGACGAGUUCCAGCUGCCACCUCACGUGCCCCUCGAUCCGAAAGAAGAGAGAGAACUUGUGCUUCAAAAUACCCUCCAGAAUGCCGGCCACCGCCGCUCGUCUUCGGCCGCGAGGAGGGCCUCCGCGUCACGCCGUCAUUCAGCUGCGUUAGCCGCAAACCACGAAGAAGACCCGGAAAAGAUGCGCCUGAAGUGGGAUGAAGCGAACCUCUACUUGGCCGAGCAGGAAUCCGGCGGACGGAUGAAAAUCACCGAGCCGAAGACGCCCUACCAGUAUGGAGACGCCAUGAUGGAAGACGAUGACGAGGAAGAUGUGGCUAUCGACCCCCGUUUUGUCAACGUCGAUGAAGUGGAGAUGGCAAAAGCUCACAAGACGAACAAAAGACACCGCGAAAGCGAGAUCCCCGGUCUGGAGCUCGGUGAGCCUGAAGAGGAGUUGUCUCCGGGAACUGCGGCACCACCAGAGGAAGACAGAAUUGUCCGGGGCUCCAACAAUCUUUCACGGGAGUCAAGUAAAGAAAAGCAUGUUAGUGUCAGUGAAGGCAGCGAUGCAGAUGGGAUUAAGGAGGAGGUCGGCAUGCCCACCAGAGAGGAACAGGAAAAACACCGCCAAUUCGAAGAGAGGAGGAAGAAGCAUUACGAAAUGAAGGACAUCAAGAAUCUCCUUGGACAUCCGGAAGAGAUGGAUAUGGAAGAUGAAGAUGAUCAAGUCGUUCCGGCUGCGAUGCCGAAAGAUCUCCCACAGCGAUCGAUCAACGGUACCCGCUAG